ACCCUAAAACCUCCCUUUAUCCUUUUCCCCUUUCUCUACGGAAACAAACAGAGAUUGAUACGCAACAAGGGAGUAAAAACCCCUUUGUUCUCCUCGGGAUCGAUCGUUGAGAAGGGUUUUUGCGAUUCGAAGAUGGAUCACGUAGCGGCGGGGGAGGAGCGAAUCGUAACGGAGCGAAUCAGGAAGAAGCUCGAGGAGGUGAACGUGGCGGCGCAGAGCCAACUCUCAUCCGUCCAAGACCACGUCAACUUCACUCUCCAGCAAGCCUACUUCAAGUGUGCGUACGAUUGUUUCGACCGGAGGAUAAAACAGGACGAUAUAAAUAACUGCGUGGAGCACUGCAGUGUUCCGGUGCUCAAUGCCAACAAUCUUGUCGAAACUGAGAUGGCCAAAUUUCAGGAACGGAUGAAUCGGUCUUUGAUGGUAUGCCAAGACAAGUUUGAACAAGCUAAACUCCAGAAGAUCAAAACUGAUGCCAUGAACGACUUGGAGACCUGUGUAAACCAAGCAAUUGACGACAGCAUAAGUUCCCUUCCUCAUGUAGUUCGUCGCGUCAAAUCCUUGCUCUCCAUCGACUGAGUGAAUUUUACACAUUCUACGUGCUUUCCAAUAAUCAAAGAUAGAGAUGUGAUCAAAUUCUUUUAGGUUCUCUACCAGUGAGGUGUUUUAUUCCAUGUUUCAACAAUUAGCAUUUUGCGCCAAGUGGCAUUUUGUUCUUCUCCUAAUUUUUGAGGCACCAUUUAUAUAAUCUUCCAUAUCAAACAUUAGAGGGUUUAACCCAUGCAUCCAUAUGUUUACUCUUGUAUCCCUACAGAAUUUCUGAGGUACUUAAUUUUAAUGCUGAUGACAAUUCUUCAAGUGCAGGCA